GCUAUAAUUAUAUUAAGUGAUAUUCUUCCUAAAUUUAUCACCGCAGGAAUAGUUUCUUCAGCGUCACGUUUUCGGAAUUAAGCGAGGUGUAUUUGUUAGCGUUACCGCACACAUGCCAUUAAUUAACUUUAAUUUUAUUGGUGUAAGUAAGCAGGUUGUUAAGAUUAAAGUUAGCUAUGUGGAUACCGUUACCUGCACGAACUCCUCUCCUUUUGGUGUCUUCGGCGACUUCACAGUUGUUUACAGUAAUCAGCAGUCUUCCAACGUGAGUUACGCCUUCAGCAAGAGUCCUUAAUGUACGUACUGCUACUGGCGCAAUAACCUUCUGUUUUGCGCUAUUAAUUUGUAACUGUGACAGUUUUCCUUGCGUCUACAAAAUUUGUGAAUUUCGUGCGAGUGAUUUUUUGGUCGUUUCGCGCUAAAGACAAUCAUGAAGUGUGGUUUGUUAAUUGCAUUUGCUCUGACAUCGCAAGUAAUUGGAAUCGUUCGAUCACCCACGACCUCCAACAGCGAGGAACCCCCCGAGGGAUACUAUGCAUUCGUUGAAUCACCAAACGCCGAACCUCCACGCGUUCGACCACCACCAUAUACUUACCCACCAGUCGACUGCAAGGAAGAUAAUGACAAAUCUCCGCAUUCGUUGUAUUACAACAUAUGCGGAGAUUUAAAUAAGGGAAGCAUCCCGAGAAACCCGAUGGGACAAAACGUGUUUGGUUCUCCUUAUCCAUUUGAAUUAAUUCGAAAUCAAACGUUGAAGUUCUUAAGCAGGACACUACCAAUUUUAAAGGGUGACGAAACUUUGCCCAAAGUUGCGCAAUACCAAGACGACUUCAUUUCGCACAACACAAUUAAUGAUUCCUAUGACAAGAAAGAACGGUCCAAACGAGACGUGACGGAGGUGGCGAGUAACGCAACUUAUGCCAAUAAAACUGCUAGUUCACGUCAGGCACGUAAGUUCUGUGACCAAGGUGGAGUUUUUUGCAUGCUAUAUAAGGCGAUUAAUGGAGAAAUGCCUCCUGCCAAGUCAUCGCCGCAGUUACCGCUGGAAAGGCGCGACGACGUUGCCGCGACGCACUACGAAGGACCACCGACGCCAUGCCCCGCGAAAGUCGAAUACGCGACUCCCGUUUUCGCCAAGAAUUACCAAGGCAUCUGGAGAUACGUGGUUCAAAUUCCAUACGAGGGAUAUUUCACGCAAACGAUUGAGGUCACAAGGUGCCUACAGUCGAGGUGCCACUACCUUGACGGUGGAUGUCUCUCGUCGCCACGUUGGUCGAGUCUUCUAGUUGCAGAAAUUUACUAUCCGGACGCCGUGCUAAGCGGCAACGAUGCGGCGUAUCCACAAAGAAGCCCCGUUUCGCCGUCCCAGCCUCCUUCAGUGCAAGAUUUCCAGAACUACCAACAGUACCUCCACAAGAGAGCGGGAGUACAACCCGGUUCUAUCGAGACGCAGACCACUGUGAGACCAGCACACUGCGACGGGAUUGAUUCGUUGGGAUGCUUCCAAGUACGCUUGUACUACGACUGGUUCCUCGUUCCCGGUUCGUGCAAGUGCUGGAGGCCGGAUUACUUUAAUAAAUACUCGAGAAGGAAAUCAGAUCUUUGAAUAAGUAGUUAUAGGUACCUUGUGGAGACUGUAUAAUUUGCUAUUGAUCUACGGCCGGAAGUACCUGUGUAACAUAGGGCAGCCUAGAUGAUAAAUAAUGUAUAAUAUUGUAAACAAUUACGGAAUGAUAGAACUACAACUUACCACUAAUAAAAUAUUGGAUAAAAACAACAUAAUUCCGAAAAUGAAUUCUAUUGUUUUUCUUCGACCGAAAAUAAUUAAUGUGGAGGAGGUGUUUUGGUUAUUGUUAAUUGUACUAUAUUUUGUUUAAAUAAAUAUUUUAUGAUUGA